UACAAACGCUAUUACGAAUCCUUCUUUCCAAUUGGCCACAGAUUACAGCUGGCUUUCCAUCCAUAACCCACACGUCACCUACAAUGAAACACAAACCAAAAUCCUUCGCAAAUUGAAACCCUGCCUCCCUUCCUUAAAUAUUCUUCCUCCCCGCCAUCAGUCCCGCCAUCAUUACCCCGGAACCCACAGCGCCAACCAUUCGCCACCGUCGGAAAAUUUUACUACCGCUAGUCAGUCAUUCAUAACAGAUUAAGAAUGGAAGCCCUGCGAUUUAUCCCUGUCAAAACCAUUCCUCACCCGUCCGAAUUCACCCGCACAACCGCUAAGGAAUCGGUUAGACCAGGCCCUCCUUUUCUAAAGAAUAGGCGGACGAAAUUUUAUGCCAUGGCCGUUGAAAAUCGGCUCCAGGCGCCGACAUUAUCUCCCGAAUUGGCUGCUCCAGCUCAACCGGAGACAUUGUCGAGAGUGUCUCCCGGCUCUUUGCGGUGCGAGCCAGGUUUUUUGGUGCCGAAUCACGGGGCGGUGGAGAGUGAUGGUGCAUUGGGUGGAGGUGGUGGAAUCGAGUAUUUGACGAAAAUCUUGACGUCCAGCGUGUAUGACGUGGCCGUAGAGUCAGACUUGCAGCUGGCUACUAAGCUAUCACAAAGGUUGGGCAAUAAUGUCUGGCUGAAGCGUGAAGAUCUUCAACCAGUUUUCUCAUUCAAGCUUCGAGGAGCUUAUAAUAUGAUGGCUAAACUUCGUAAAGACCAGCUCGAUAGAGGUGUUAUCUGCUCUUCUGCAGGGAAUCAUGCACAGGGGGUGGCUUUAUCCGCCCAAAAACUGGAUUGUGAUGCUGUGAUUGUGAUGCCUGUCACUACACCUGAAAUCAAGUGGAGGUCAGUAGAGCGGUUGGGUGCCAAAGUUGUCCUUGUGGGAGACUCGUAUGAUGAAGCACAAUCUUAUGCUAAAAGCCGAGCCAAAGAAGAAGGUCGAGCAUUCAUCCCUCCAUUUGACCACCCAGAUGUCAUCAGUGGACAAGGAACAAUUGGGAUGGAGAUUGUGCGCCAAAUGCAAGCAAUGCAAGGCCCAAUACAUGCUAUAUUUGUCCCUGUUGGGGGUGGUGGGCUGAUAGCUGGUAUUGCUGCUUACUUGAAAACAGUCUCUCCCGAGGUAAAGAUUAUUGGAGUGGAGCCAUUUGAUGCAAAUGCUAUGGCACUAUCUUUACAUCAUGGACGAAGAGUGGUGCUGGACCAAGUUGGAGGUUUUGCAGAUGGUGUGGCUGUUAAAGUUGUUGGUGAAGAGACAUUUCGAUUGUGUCGCAAGCUAAUAGAUGGUGUAGUUCUUGUUAGCCGUGAUGCUAUUUGUGCAUCUAUAAAGGACAUGUUUGAGGAGAAAAGGAGCAUUCUAGAACCUGCAGGUGCUCUUGCACUUGCUGGAGCAGAAGCAUACUGUAGAUACUAUUGCCUGGAGAAUAAAAAUGUAGUAGCAAUAACUAGCGGAGCCAACAUGAAUUUUGAUAGAUUGAGAUUAGUUACUGAACUUGCAAAUGUUGGUAGACAGAAGGAAGCUGUGCUUGCAACAUUCAUGCCAGAGGAGCCAGGGAGCUUCAAGAGAUUUUGUGAACGUGUGGGACAAAUGAAUAUUACAGAAUUUAAGUACAGAUAUAAUUCAGAGAAAGAAAAAGCUCUAGUGUUAUACAGUGUUGGACUUCACAUGAAAGCUGAACUAGAGGCAAUGGUAGCUAAACUGCAAGCAUCUCAACUUGAGACAGUAGAUCUCACAGACAACGACCUCGUCAAAGAUCAUCUGCGAUAUUUGUCGGGUGGUCGGUCACAUCUUCGAGAUGAGGUUCUUUGUCGUUUUGUUUUCCCUGAGAGACCAGGUGCUUUGUUGAAGUUUUUGGAUGCUUUUAGUCCUCGCUGGAACAUAAGCUUGUUUCAUUACCGAGCACAGGGAGAAACUGGAGCAAAUGUAUUAGUUGGCAUUCAAGUUGCAGAAAGUGAGAUGGACGAAUUCCGAGAUCGUGCACACAAUCUUGGGUAUGAGUAUGCGGUGGAGGAAAAUAACAGGGCUUUCAAGCUUUUGAUGUACUAAGUUGUUGUUGCUCUUUGUAUUAGGUGCGAUUGUUGUUGUAUUGGAGAUGGAUUGUUGGAAUGACUCUUGGGCACUUGUGGGAGAACAAGUACAAGCCUGACUUGAUUUGAGAUUGUACCCGUUUCAUCUAUCGCUUCUCUAAUGCUAAUGACCAGGCUAGGAUUUGCUCUGAACUACGUAGUAUCAUCGCUUGCAAUGCAAUUGCUGCAUUCUGUAUGAAGGUGGAUAUAUAUGUGUGAGUGUGUGAGAGUAUCAAAUGAGUUGACAGAGGAAAUCAAUGGCGCUAGCCGCCAACUGUUUCUCGAAGGUUAUGACGGUUAAGAUGUAUAUUCCUUCCCUUGACGCUCGAGUCAUUGAGCUUGCUCGAGCGAAUGAGAAUGAAAAUCACUACAUGUUUAAGCGAUAGUAUAAA